GCGCGAUUAUUUACAAAUAUAUUUUCCAUUCUUUUCAUAUUGUUUGCUUGCUUUUAUUGAUUUGAUGUUUGAGUGCGCACUAGCCUAUGGCACCUGCUCACGCGAGCGCGUGCAACCCCGCGAUCUUUUUUGAAUGUGGAAUGUUAGUCAACCAGCGUCAUGGGGUGUGCAUUUUUCAAGUACCUUAAAAAUAUAUUCUGCGCAAAAACGCCGGACGAGUCUCGUUUGGUGCCGGAGACCAAAAAGGAAUACUCAUGGGACAAGAAAUCGAAAGUCAAUCCAAAAGACUUUACUAUAGAAAACGUGGUCGAUGCCGAAGUGGUGCGAGAGCCAAAUUCAGUCAACGGCCGACAAAUGAUUAUUCAAAAUUGCAAGGGUUCGAAAAUUCUGGUCCUCGACCAUUGCAAUUCAGUUACCAUCGACGACUGUUCCGACUGCCAAAUUAUUUUGGGGCCCAUGAGCGGAAGCUUGUUCAUUCGAGGAUCAGAAAAUUUGAGUCUAGUGGCGAUUUGCGGGCAGUUUAGAGCUCGCGAUUGCCGAAACGUCACGUCUUUCUUAUGCUGCACGACGCAGCCAUCGAUAGAGGCUUGCUCAAGAUUUGAAUUCGGUUGCGCCCUGAUCCAGUAUAAAAAUUUGAAAGAUCAAGUUAAAGAUUCAGGUUUGAGCGUGUUCAACAACCAGUGGAGCCUGGUUUACGAUUUUACGCCCGUGCCAUCGGAGGGACCAAACUGGCAAAUCGUCUCGUCUGAGAAUAUUACAAAUUGGAUUACAGUUGGGAGCGAAAAUAUAAAUCAAUUUGAACUGGUGAUAGGCGAAAGAACAAAAUCUGAUGUUCCAUUAACGCUUGGAUAUGAUAGUGGAAAUAAAGAGCACAGUCUCGUUGCUAUUGCCGAGUGCUGCAAUCAGUUGCAGGUUGCUUCAGAAUUUAUCUCUGUUCUAAAUCAAGAGGAAAAUCUUUUUAUCGUCAAAACGACGGAAUCAAAGAUUGAAAAAGAGGAAAUAGUGAAGGUACUGCCUAAAUUUUCUAGCAAGGGUGAGGUGGUUAAUAUAAUCGCAAUUCAUCUGGUGGGAGGUGAAUCCCGAAGGAAAUGCACACAGAUUGCAGAUCUAGUGGGCAGAAAAUUUGACAGCCUUGAACAUUUGCACAUUAGCGAUUGUAGCGCUCAUGCAAGUAAACUUGUGAAAACUUUCAUGUCAAACGGAUGAAUCAACUUUCCACAGUAAAUCUGUGACAUCUGCGUUUUUUUGCAAUACAAAAGAAAAACAAUAUAUAAAAAAAAGGAUUAAAUUAAUUUUGAAAAAAAAAAUAUAAUUUUCCUAAUAUCACUACAUAUUUCCUAAACAAAGUCUUCGGGAUAGAUAAGUUUUUUUCUAAUGGCGAUCAACAAUUAAAGGUGAGAUUAAAGUAUAAAAAGGUUAUGUACAACUUGAGAUUUUUAAUAACUUUUCAUGGUCGUGGCACAUUUUGUCUCAUCGUAAGGCAGAGAUUUUGGUAGAACAAAAAACACGGUUUUGGUGAAUAAAAAUUCCAAAAUUUCCCUACUUACUCCCCGCGAUUGUUCAAGGGCAGCGAGCAGCGACCAACAACAAUACUGAGGCCAUGGAGUUUCCUCCUUAGAUGGCUUUUACCUUCAACUGCUUCAUCUUAGGAGCCUUCUUUUUCAUCUGGCGCUUGUUUUCCUUCUCUUCCCAACGACGCUGCUUCUCAGGGUCAUCCUCCUGCAAUUAAAUCACGCGCAACACCAGUUUAAUACAAAUGAAGAAAAUAU